AUGUCAAAAGAACAAUAUAGACAAAAAAAUCCAGAUGAUGUUGUUGUUGUAGCAGCUUAUAGAACUGCUUUAACAAAAGGUGGUAGAGGUGGUUUUAAAGAUGUUGGAUCAGAUUAUAUUUUAAGACAAUUAGCUCAUGAAUUUAUUAAAAAAGUUGGUGUUGAUCCAAAAUUAAUUCAAGAUGUUGCUAUUGGUAAUGUUUUACAUAAAAGAGGUGGAGAUUUUGAACAUAGAGGUGCUUUAAUGAGUGCUGGUAUUCCAUAUAGUGCCCCAUUUGUUGCUAUAAAUAGACAAUGUUCAUCAGGUUUAAUGGCAAUUUCUCAAGUUGCUAAUAAAAUUAAAUUAGGAGAAAUUGAAUGUGGUUUAGCAGGUGGGGUUGAAUCAAUGACAAAAGAUUAUGGUCCACAAGCAUUAGUUAAAAUUGAUCCAGCUUAUGAAAAUAAUGAAGAAUUUUUAAAAAAUCAAAUUCCAAUGGGUAUUACAAAUGAAAAUGUUUGUGAAAAAUUUAAUAUUAAAAGAGAUGUUCAAGAUAAAUUUGCUGCUGGAUCAUAUAAUAAAGCUGAAAAGGCUCAAAAAGAAGGUAAAUUUAAAGAUGAAAUUUUACCAAUAAAAGUUUGGCAAGAAGAUGAAGAAGCUGAAGAUGAUGAAAAUGAUGAUGAUGAUGAUGAUGUUAAAGAAAAAGAAGUUAUAAUUGAAUUAGAUGAAGGUAUUAGACCUGGUGUAACUGCUGAAAAAUUGGCUAAAAUUAAACCAGCUUUCAAAGAUGAUGGUGUUUCUUCUGCUGGUAAUUCAUCACAAGUUUCAGAUGGUGCAGCAUUAGUAUUAUUAAUGAAAAGAUCAUUUGCAGAAGAACAUGGUUUUAAACCAGUUGCUAAAUAUUUAAGUUGUUCAAUUGUUGGAGUUCCUCCAGAAAUUAUGGGAGUUGGACCAGCUGUAGCUAUACCAAAAAUUUUAAAACAAUUAAAUUUAAAAAUUGAUGAUAUUGAUGUUUAUGAAAUUAAUGAAGCAUUUGCUGGUCAAUGUUUAUAUUCUAUUGAAAGUUGUGGUAUAAAUGAAGAUAAAGUUAAUUUAAAUGGUGGUGCUAUUGCUUUAGGUCAUCCAAUGGGUUGUACUGGUGCAAGACAAUAUGCUACAAUUUUAAGAUUGUUAGAACCUGGUCAAUUUGGUUUAACUUCUAUGUGUAUUGGUACUGGUAUGGGUGCUGCUUCAGUUAUUGUUAAAGAAUAG